AUGGCUGCGCAAGAGGAGAAGACUGCUGCUGCUGUCACGACAGAGGAGCCUGCGCCGGCGGCGGAGCAGCAGCCUCAGCCUCAGCCUAAGCCAGCUGGGGCGGCGCGCAGGGCAGGGCCGUCGGCGCCGGCCAACCCCUUCGACUUCUCCACCAUGAUGAACCUUCUCAAUGACCCUAGCAUCAAGGAGAUGGCAGAGCAGAUUGCCAAGGACCCGGCGUUCACGGAGAUGGCGGAGCAGCUACAGAAGACGGUGGUGUCCCCGCGGCAGCAGCAGCAGCGGCAGCAGGCGCCGGCGGCGCAGCUGGACCCGCAGAAGUACGUGGCGACGAUGCAGCAGCUGAUGCAGAACCCGCAGUUCGUGGCCAUGGCGGAGCGGCUGGGCAGCGCGCUGAUGCAGGACCCGGCCGUGUCCACCAUGCUGGGAGGCCUCACCAACCCGGCGCACAAGGAGCAGCUGGAGGCCCGCGUCGCGCGCAUGAAGGAUGACCCCGAGCUCAAGCCCAUCCUCGACGAGAUCGAGUCCGGCGGCCCCGCCGCCAUGAUGAAGUACUGGAACGACCCCGAGGCUCUGCAGAAGUUCGGGCGCGCGAUGGGCGUCGGCGGCGGCCCGUCCGGCGGCACGGAGCACGCCGAGGCGGAGGACGACGCCGGGGAGGAAGGUGAGUACGAGGACGAGUCCAUCGUCCACCACACCGCGAGCGUCGGCGACGUCGAGGGCCUGAAGAAAGCGCUGGAGGAGGGCGCGGACAAGGACGAGGAGGACUCGGAAGGGCGGCGUGGCCUCCACUUCGCGUGCGGCUAUGGCGAGCUCCAGUGCGCGCAGGCGCUCCUGGAGGCCGGCGCCGCCGUGGACGCCGUCGACAAGAACAAGAACACCGCGCUGCACUACGCCGCCGGAUACGGCCGCAAGGACUGCGUCGCGCUCCUGCUCGAGAGCGGCGCCGCCGUGACGCUGCAGAACCUAGACGGGAAGACGCCCAUCGACGUGGCCAAGCUCAACAACCAGGACGACGUCCUCAAGCUGCUGGAGAAGCACGCCUUCGUAUAG